GAGAAAGAGAGCGCUCUCUCAUUGAUUGUUUCAGCCCUGCCUAGUCCUUAGAGAUAUAACGCAUACCUCGGUGCGUUAUGAGGUACGUUGUGAGGGCAUAAAGGCAACUAUCAUCGCAGAAUAAAGGCAGAGAUUUUUUCAUCUCUCCCUCCAGCACACAGAUGAGUUUCUCAGGAUAUCUGGGGCUGGUUUAUCUGACCUGCCCUUUGCUUGUGUUUUUCUCUCCGGCUCAUUUGGCUCCAGUGAAGGACCAGUACUCUCGGGGUGUGGACUGGUUGAGCCGGUAUGGAUAUCUGCCACCUCCUGACCCCCGCACAGGACAACUGCAGAGCAAAGAUGGUAUCGAGAGAGCCAUUAGAGAAAUGCAGAGAUUCGCUGGAGUCAAAGAAACAGGCAAACUCGACAGUGACACUCUGAAGCUGAUGAACACACCACGAUGUUCUCUGCCAGACAUUAUAGGCAUUGAGGACAAGCUGAAAAAGCGCAGGAGGAAAAGAUAUGCAACCACUGGGCUCCGCUGGACAAAGUCUGACAUUACAUGGAGUUUCCAGAACUACCCGUCUCUCUAUAAAAUCCUGAAACCCACCGAAAUCGACUCUAUAAUAUCCUAUGCCCUGAAAUCCUGGAGUGACGUCACCAACCUCAAUUUUCAUGGGGUGUCCUCGAGUGAGCAGGACCGAGCUGAUAUCAGGAUCUUCUUCGGCCGCUCGCUUCACGAGGAUGGGUAUCCAUUCGACGGGAAGGGAGGGACUCUCGCUCAUGCCUUCUUCCCUGGGGAGUCGGCUGUUGCUGGAGACACACAUUUCGACGAUGAUGAGAUUUGGACAUACCUAGAUGAAAGCGGCACUGAUUUGUUUGCUGUUGCGGUGCAUGAGUUCGGUCAUGCUCUGGGUCUUUCUCAUUCCUCCUCUUCUCCCUCCAUCAUGAAGCCCUAUUAUCAGGGCUCUGUUGGAGAUGUAGAAACCUACAUUCUUCCAGACGAUGAUCGCGAGGCCAUUCAGUCACUAUACGGAAGAAAGAUUAGCUCACCAACACCUUCCCCUAAUAAACCUACAUCACACCUACCCAAACCACCUGCAACUAAUCCGAAAGGUCCAGCAAAACCUGAUCCGUCAAUCCAGAAUCGCUGUGAGGGAGGUUUUGAUGCAGUGGCAAACCUCAGAGGAGAAGUUUUCUUUUUUAAAGGUCCAUAUUUCUGGCGAAUCCAGCGGACGGGUUCUCUAGUGUCCUUUCAGCCUGCUUACAUUAAGAACUUCUGGAUGGGUCUUCCUCCAACCACCAAUAAGGUAGAUGCAGUCUAUGAAAGAAAGGCGGACAACGCGAUCAUCUUCUUCAUAGGCUCACAGUACUGGGUAUUUAAAAACACGGAGGUGCUUCCUGGCUAUCCUCGUCCAUUGUCUGACUGGGGAAUGAUCACUCAAGAUGGACGGAACGUGGCGAGAGUGGAUGCAGCCUUUAUUUGGGCUCAUAAUGGAAAAACCUACAUCUUCAGCGGUGAAGAGUUCUGGAGGUUCUCUGAAGACCGGGAGACUGAGCUGCACCAGCCGGACACAGGCUAUCCCAGAAAUGCCAACCUCUGGAAAGGGGCGCCCAGUAACCCGGAUGACGUCAUCACCUGGGGACAAGGAGAUGCCUAUUUCUUCAAGGACAAUUCAUACUGGGUGCUGAAGAACGGAGAAAUGGACCAGACCAGUGUCACUAAGAAAUCAACCGCAGUGGACUGGCUGAUGUGUCAACGAGAGACAACCAAAGCUCCAGAAAGCCCAAGGCGGAGAGAAGGAGAAAACUGCUACUGUGACAACAGCGCAGGCCUGCAGAUGCGUGUUUCAGCCUGCCUACUGCUCAUCACAGUACUGCUUUACAUAGUCUUCAACUCACAAUAACUCAACUGUCAUCUGCCUUAUUUUAUAUACGGACUCCCUCAAAGCACUUAUUGUGAUAUCCAGUGUUGGGGGUAAUGCAUUACAAGUAACACAAGUUACGUAAUGAUAUUACUUUAAGUAACAAGUAACGCAUUACUUUUAAAAAGUACAGUUGAAAUCAGAAGUUUACAUACACUGUAUAAAAAGGCACAUAACCAUUUAAAAAAAAUCAGAUGUUAAUGUGACUAAACUUUUCAACCCAGGCUCAUUCUGAAAACGUAGUCCCGAGGACGUUUCUGGAGACCGCGAAUUAUGUAGCUGGAGGUACGUAUGGCUGCAUUUCAUUUUUUAAGCAAACGCUGCGGGGCGGUAUGACACCGUUCCUUUUAGCACUUGCCAGCUGACCGCUUUCCUUCGUGUGGAGGGCUUUCCCGCUAUUAGCUCGUCCUGUACGUCAGCGGAUUUGAGACGUAGAGAGGAGCUGACCACGACGACCGGGUCGAUCGGUAAAAUGAGUUGGGUUCAGGAAAGGAGAUGGGUGGGUCGGCCAGCCGCCCAGUCAAUCAUUCAGCCAGUCGGACAGACAGACAUUCGUUCGACAGCAGCCUCUGGUAGGUUUACGCGAGAACAGCGCGGGCGUGAACGGCACUCGUGGGAGACGUCUGAGAAGCCAAAAAGGCACACACAGCGGCCUCCCGCGGAUGUAGCUGGAGGUACGUAUGGCUGCAUUUCAUUUUUUAAGCAAACGCUGCGGGGCGGUAUGACACCGUUCCUUUUAGCACUUGCCAGCUGACCGCUUUCCUUCGUGUGGAGGGCUUUCCCGCCAUUAGCUCGUCCUGUACGUCAGCGGAUUUGAGACGUAGAGAGGAGCUGACCACGACGACGACGACCGGGUUCGAGUCCGGGGAAGAGCGGUUCAAAGAAAUCAGGUAAGAGUAAAACAGAAUGCAAGAAAUAAAGUGAAGAAGUUCAUAGCAGGGUGGGAAUGUGGUAAAAUCCGAAAACGUGAUAAAAAAGGGGGGCUUUUCUUUUUCCAGACGGCUUUUGUAAAUCGUUGGUUGGGUUUAGGGCGGGUGGGUCGAUCGGUAAAAUCAGUUGGGUUCAGGAAAGGAGAAGGGUGGGUCGGCCGGCCGCCCAGUCAAUCAUUCAGCCAGUCGGACAGACAGACAUUCGUUCGACAGCAGCCUCUGGUAGGUUUACGCGAGAACAGCGCGGGCGUGAACGGCACUCGUGGGAGACGUCUGAGAAGCCAAAAAGGCACACACAGCAGCCUCCCGCGGAUUCGCAAAAACUGCAAAAAUACGUACCUCCCGGGACGUAUUUCGCGGUCUCCAGAAACGUCCUCGGGACUACGUUUUCGGAAUGAGCCUGGGUUGAAACUUUUUCUCUUUUAGGGAAGUUAGGAUUAUCAAAUUUGUCUCCGUUAUGCUUAAUAGCAGAAUAAUGAGAGAGAGAUUUUUGGAGAAAUUGUUAUAACUUUUCUUGAAAGUCAAAAGUUUACAUACAAUAAGAUUAGCAUGCCUCUGAAAAAGCUCAGAUGAUGGUGUCAAGGUUUUGAAAGUUUCUGAUUGGCUAAUUGACAACAUUUGAGUUAAUUGGAGGCACAACUGAAGAAUAGUAUUUAAGGAAAACCUCAAACACACUGCUUCCUUGUGUGACAACAUGGGAAAAUCAACAAGCCAGAAUCAACAAAAAAAGCCAGAUUACAAUUUGCUGAAUUACACUGGGGAAAAGACUAAUGUUUGGAG